AUGGUUUAUUACUUCAAAUGCGAGCUUGUUUCGCCUCCAUAUCACAUUUAUAUGGGCGCAGAUAAGAAUGAAAACGAUGCACUUAUUCGGUGGGGGUGGCCCGAAGACGUUUGGUUUCACGUUGACAAGCUAUCCUCUGCCCACGUGUAUCUUCGCCUCCGCGAAGGUGAAACGCUCGACGAUGUCCCAGAGGCGGUAAUCCAGGACUGUGCGCAGCUUUGCAAACAAAACAGCAUAUCGGGUAGCAAGCAGAACGAUGUGACGAUCGUGUACACCAUGUGGGAGAACCUGCGCAAGGCGCCCAACAUGGACGUGGGUCAGGUGGGCUUUCAUGAUGGGAAGCUGGUGCGCAAGCUGGUGGUGGAGAAGCGUAUCAGUGAGGUCAUCAGGCGGCUGGAGAAGACCCAGCAGGUGGUGGAG